AUGUCGUCAGCCCUCAACGCGAUCAAGAUUCGUCGCAAGAAGAAUGUCAAGAAGGGUAUCCAAUUCUGUUUGAUGGUGUGCGGCGCCAGUGGAACAGGUCGCACAACUUUUGUCAACACUCUCUGUGGCAAGCAGGUUCUGGAGGGCAAGGAUGCCGACGAUGCUGCCAAUGCCCACCUUGAGGAGGGUGUCCGUAUCAAGCCCGUGACUGUCGAGCUUGAGUUGGACGAGGAAGGAACCCGCAUCUCCUUGACUAUCGUCGAUACCCCCGGAUUUGGUGACCAGAUUGACAACGAGGCCAGCUUCGGCGAGAUUGUCGGUUACCUUGAGCGCCAAUACGAUGAUAUUCUUGCAGAGGAGUCGCGAAUUAAGCGUAACCCUCGCUUCAGGGAUAACCGAGUGCACGUCGCCUCUCUCCCCGUGUUAACGUCAUUCCUGUCAUUGGAAAGGCCGACUCGCUCACCCCCCGCCGAAUUGGCCGAGUCCAAGAAGCUGAUCAUGGAAGAUAUCGAACACUACCGCAUUCCCGUCUACAACUUCCCCUACGACAUCGAGGAGGAUGAUGAGGACACUGUGGAGGAGAACGCCGAGCUCCGUGGACUGAUGCCCUUCGCUAUUGUCGGUUCCGAAGACUUUGUUGAGAUUGACAACCGAAAAGUGCGCGCGCGCCAGUACCCAUGGGGUGUCGUCGAGGUUGAGAACCCUCGUCACUCGGACUUCCUGGCUAUCCGUAGCGCUCUUCUCCACAGCCACUUGGCUGAUCUGAAGGAGAUCACUCACGACUUCCUCUAUGAGAACUACCGUACUGAGAAGCUCAGCAAGAGCGUUGAUGGUGGAUCUGGUGGCUAUGAUUCUGCUAUGAACCCCGAGGAUCUUGCUUCUCAGUCUCACCGCCUCAAGGAGGAGCAGCUCCGCCGCGAGGAGGAGAAGCUCCGUGAGAUUGAAAUCAAGGUGCAGCGUGAGAUUGCCGAGAAGCGACAGGAGCUGUUGGCUCGCGAGAGCCAGCUCCGAGAGAUCGAGGCUCGCAUGCAGCGCGAGCAGCAAAGCCAGGGCAAUGUCAGCGAAGCAGCCAACGGAGAGGCCUAG